AUGGAAAUUCACAUUGAUCUAAUGGAUGGAGGUCAAUUUGUGCCUACUUAUAAGUAUGAUGAAGGUGGUUGGGUAGAAUUGGAGAAAAAAAAUGAGAGUGAAGCAGAGAGCAGUGAAACAAGUGAGAGUGAAAUGAGUGAAAAGACAGAUAAUGAGUGUUGUGAAAAAAAUGUUAAUAAGGGCAGUGAAAAAAUUAUUAGGGGUGCUGAGCUACCUGAUAGGGGUAAUGAUGGGUGUGAUAGUCAUGGGGGUAGGCCUAAGAAAGCAAGCAGGAUUGAUCCUGAUGAGAAAGAAGAGAAAAGUCAGAAAAUGAAGGCAAAGAUUCAAAUGAAGAUGAAGAGGCAACAAAACAAAUCUUGUGGCAAGAAAACCCUUUCUGAUGCCAAGAAGGAUCAUAGCCCACUGGCUAAAGCAAGCCGGUCAAUUUUGCAAAUUAAGGGGGCUAAUGCUGCAAGACAGGCCAAAGAAGCUAAGGCUGCUGCAAAAGAGGCCAAAGAAAAAGAAAGGGAAGCAAAGAAACAGAAACAAGGUUUAAGCAUUGAUAAGCAGGUGAAACAAGGCUCCACCUCCACCAUAGACAAAAAGAAAGAAGGGCUAAACAUGGCACCACCAGCUCCAUUUGUAGAAGAAACUGACUGGGAUGAUGAGGGCUUUGUGUCACAAUUGACAUAAGAAUUUUGUGCAACUCCACAGCCUGAGAUGACAAAGGGACCCACACCCCUUGAACAACUGCAAAUGGGAUUAAGAGAUGAUUCAUACUUUAGAGAUAAUCAGUUGGAGGCCAUCACUGCAAGAGAUGGAACUCCAGCAAUGUUUGAAAGGAUUCAAAAUGACUUCUCUUUGGGUAGCUCAUCUCAGAAGUUGCAGAUCAAAAAGGAGAAGGGAGAAAAUUCUAGAAAGAAGUGAAUUUCAGUUCAUUUGGUGGGAAACUGAAUUUCAGUUGAUUUGGUUGUAAAACACUUGCAGGAUAUUGUUUGUUUAUUUUUGAUGGUGUUAAUUUUGUUUGG